AAUGUGCCAGUCUGGGACGCUCCGUCCUGGCCGCCCGGCAGCACCUAGGGCGCCCUCUGGACUGCCAGGGGCUGGCGUCUGGCGCUGCGCGGCGCACUUGGCUCGGCGCUGAUGUCAAGUGGGUGUGGGCUCUUCGGAAAGGCCCUGGAGAGGACGAGAAGGGCGCAGGAUGCGCCGCGGGCGCGUGGAGGCCGGGGCACGUUCAUUGGCUCAAAGCUGUUGACCGGUGGUCCACUGGGGCCGGAGCGGGCGCAUGGAGCCUUGGCGCUGUCCUCCCCGGGAUGUGCACCCCGCCGCCCUGGGGUGCUGGGGAGAGCCGCGGGCAGCCUGCAGCCACAACCAGCAGACCACAACGUUCAGGCAUCCCGUGACUGGACAGUUUUCUUCAGAAAACAGUGAAUUCCUUCUCCAGGAGGAGCCACACUCAGACAUGUCGAAGCAAGAGAGAAACCAAAGACCGUCCAGCAUGGUCAGUGAGACAUCCACAGCUGGGACCACGUCCACCCUGGAGGCCAAGCCUGGACCCAAGAUCAUCAAAUCCAGCAGUAAAGUGCACAGCUUUGGGAAGAGGGACCAGGCCAUUCGGAGGAACCUCAAUGUUCCAGUGGUGGUGAGGGGCUGGCUACACAAGCAGGACAGCUCUGGGAUGCGGCUGUGGAAAAGACGGUGGUUCGUGCUCGCCGAUUACUGUUUGUUUUAUUAUAAAGACAGCCGAGAAGAAGCAGUUCUCGGGAGCAUCCCGCUGCCCAGCUAUGUCAUCUCUCCUGUGGCCCCUGAGGAUCGCAUAAGCCGCAAGUACUCCUUUAAGGCCGUGCACACAGGGAUGAGGGCGCUCAUCUACAGCGCCACCGCUGUGGCCUCUCAGGCUGAGCACUCAGGCAUGAGGACCUACUACUUCAGUGCUGACACCCUGGAGGACAUGAACGCUUGGGUCAGGGCCAUGAACCAGGCUGCACAGGUGCUGUCUCGAUCGUCACUGAAGAGGGACAUGGACAAAGUGGAGCGUCGGGCCAUGCCACAGGCCAACCACACCGAGGCCUGUCAAGAAUGUGGCCACGUGGGACCUGGGCACUCCAGAGAUUGUCCUCAUCGAGGCUGUGAGGACUCCUUUGGCUUCGACAGGAGGGAGCAGGAGGAGGAACACUUCCGCCCUCAAAAGGACCCACUGGAGGGCAGGCGGGACCGGAGCAAGGCCAGGUCCCCGUACUUGAUAGCUGAGGAGGAUGCCUUGUUUGUGGAUCUACCUGGUGGGCCCAGAGGCCAGCAAGCACAGCCACAGCGGGCCGAGAAGAAUGGGGUGCCACCUUAUGGCCCAGGAGAGCAGAAUGGGACCAGUGGGUACCAGCGGACUGCUCCUGCCAGGGUCAACCCAGAGAAACACAGCCAGAGGAGGCCGGGCCUGGGCCAGGCCGAGCACUGGGCGAAGACUCAGAAGGGGGAUGGCAGGAGCUUGCCCUUAGACCAGACACUUCCUCGCCAGGGAACCAGCCAGCCCCUGACCUUCCCAGAACACUACCAGACUCUUCCCAAGAAUACUAGACAUCUUUCUGGGAGCUCUUCACCCCCUCCUCGGAACCUGCCCAGCGACUACAAGUACGCACAGGACCGAGCCAGCCACCUGAAGAUGUCUAGUGAGGAGCGUCGGGCGCACAGGGAUGGUACCGUGUGGCAGCUGUAUGAGUGGCAGCAGAGGCAGCAGUUCCGUCACGGCAGUCCCACAGCGCCCAUAGGAGCCGGCUCCCCAGAGUUCACCGAGCAGAGCCGCAGCCGGAGCCUGCUGGAGGUGCCCCGCUCCAUCUCCGUGCCUCCUUCGCCUUCUGACAUACCUCCUCUGGGGCCUCCAAGGCCCUUCCCACCCCGGCGGCCACAUACACCAGCAGAAAGGGUCACAGUGAAGCCACCUGACCAGAGGAGGAGUGUGGACAUGUCGCUGGGGGGCUCUCCCAGGAAGGCGCGGGGUCAUGCCAUCAAGAACACCUCCCACGUGGACCGGCGUUCCAUGCCUUCUAUGGGCUAUAUGACCCACACCGUCAGCGCUCCCAGCCUACACGGCAAGUCGCUGGAAGAGCUCUCACUGCUGCUCAGCCGGUUGCAGCGGCACCAGUCCAAGUUGGCCAGCGUGCGAAAUUUCGCCGUGGGCCAGUUACUACACCACUACUUGACCUUUCCUGCCUGCCAGGCUGACGACACCUACCUCCAGCUGAAGAAGGACCUGGAGUACCUGGAUCUAAAGAUGACAGGCCGAGAUCUUCUUAAGGAUCGAAGUCUGAAGCCGAUGAAGAUCGCUGAGAGUGACAUUGACGUCAAGCUGAGCAUCUUCUGUGAACAAGACAGGAUCCUGCAGGACUUGGAAGACAAAAUCCGAGCUCUCAAGGAGAACAAAGACCAGCUGGAAUCUGUGCUGGAGGUCCUGCACAGGCAGACAGAGCAGUACCGCGGGCAGCCGCAGCACCUGGACGAGAUCACGUGCCAGCAGAAGCUCCUGCAGGAGGACCUCGUGCACAUCCGUGCGGAGCUCUGCAGAGAGUCCACGGAGAUGGAGAACGCCUGGAAUGAGUACUUGAAGUUGGAGAGGGACGUGGAGCAGCUAAAGCAGACCCUGCAGGAGCAACACCGACGAGCCUUUUUCUUUCAGGAGAAAUCACAGAUACAGAAGGAUCUGUGGAGGAUUGAAGAUGUCAUGGCAGGCCUGAGUGCGAAUAAAGAGAACUACAGAGUCCUGGUGGGAUCUGUCAAAAACCCAGAAAGGAAAACGGUGCCUUUGUUCCCUCACCCAUCCGUGCCUUCACUCUCUCCAACUGAAAGCACGCCGGCCCUGCAGCCCAGCCCUCCCACCAGCCCUGUGCGGACACCUCUGGAGGUCCGACUCUUCCCACAGCUGCAGACCUACCUGCCAUACCGACCUCACCCACCCCAGCUGAGGAAAGUGAUGUCUCCUCUUCAGUCACCAACCAAGGCAAAGCCUCAGGUGGAAGACGAGGCACCUCCCAGGCCACCACUUCCUGAACUCUACAGCCCAGAGGACCAGCCCCCAGCUGUGCCACCUCUCCCAAGAGAAGCCACCAUCAUUCGGCACACAUCUGUGCGAGGCCUCAAGCGACAGUCAGAUGAGAGGAAGAGGGACCGUGAGCAGGGCCAGUGUGUGAACGGGGACUCGAAGGUAGAGCUCCGGUCCUAUGUGAGUGAGCCAGAGCUGGCCAGCUUCAGUGGGGAUGUGCCUCAGCCUUCCCUGGGCCUCGUGGGCUCUGAGAGCAGAUACCAGACGCUGCCAGGCAGAGGGCUCUCGGGCUCCACAUCCAGGCUCCAGCAGUCGUCCACCAUUGCUCCCUAUGUCACACUCCGGAGGGGUCUGAAUGCCGAAAACAGCGCUGUGACCUUCUCUAGACCCAAGAGUGCCUUGGAGCGCCUGUACUCAGGGGACCACCAGCGGGGCAAGAUGGGCGCCGAGGAGCAGCUGGAGCGGAUGAAGCGCCACCAGAGAGCUUUGGUCCGGGAGCGCAAGAGGACACUGAGCCAAGGAGACAGGACGGGCCUGCUCCCAGCCCGAUACCUCAGCCAGCCACUGCCUGGAGAUCUUGGCUCAUGGAAGCGAGAACAAGAGUUUGACCUGCAGCUGCUGGAGCGGGCUGCACAGGGGGACAGAAAAGACAAAGAGGACGGCUGGCUGAAAGUGCAAGCCACACCUGUCAUGGAGUUGGACCUGGAGCCGCAGGACUAUGACUUGGACAUCAGCAGAGAGCUCUCUAAGCCAGAGAAAGUCUCCAUUCCUGAGCGGUACGUGGAACAAGACCCUGAGGAGCCGCCCAGCCUCGAGGAGCUGCAGGCACGGUAUCAGAAGGCCGAGAAGAUACGGAAUAUCCUCGCCCGGUCAAGCAUGUGCAACCUGCAGCCGACAGGCCAGGACCGCAACAGCCUGGCCGACCUGGACUCGCAGCUGCAGGAGCAGGAGCGGAUCAUCAACAUCUCCUAUGCCCUGGCCUCUGAGGCCUCUCAGCGCAGCAAGCAGGUAGCAGUGCAGCAGCUGGCCCUCCUCCCGCCUAAAGCCCCCCUGUCCUCCAGGACGGUGCCACCUUACCCCCCCUUAAGCAACGGACUGCACUACACCUUUGUCUAACUCCUUCCAACCCAGGCAGUAACGGACCCAUGAUCCAGUUCUCAGAAGAGCAGCCCGGAGCCGGGGGCCCAGCCAAACCAGCAUCUUCCUGGGACAUUGUCCCCCGGAGGGCAGAGCAGCCCACCACCACAGUGGGUGCAGCGUGGAGCGAGGGCUCCGUCAUAACACAUGCCUGUUUAUUUCAGUCCAGAUCCCCUUUUACAGAAGACAGAAGCACUUUUGAUACACGAUACGAAAUACACUGUAUUUUAGAAUCAGAAUAUAUUUUAUAACAUUCACCUUGAGGACUGAGUGGCUGGUAAGGUGAGCCUGCAGGGUUUUGUAGCCACACAAUAGGGAUUCAGGUACUGUGGGGGUGGGGGUGGGGGGAGAAGGGCAGGGCAAGUGGGGGCACCAUUCCUGCCAUCCAUGAACCCAGACAGCGGCUGGAUGUGUGGAUAUGCUUCUGGUGGAUUCCAGCAUGAAGCUUGCUACCAUGCUCUCCAGGAAAUGGGAGGCAGCUGGCUGCAGAGGUCAGCCAGAGGCCCUGAGCGGUGCCCAGCCCUGGGAGCUCCACCUGGACAGCCCAUCGAGCCCGUCUGUGCCUUGGCCCUUGGUUCUGACUGAGGAGCAACCAUGAGUGUUCAGAAGCCUUGGCUUUUUCAACUGU